AUGGCACGUCGCUUCAUGAGGCCGCUGAGUCUAUUAUCAUUGAUUGCACAGAUUGAGCCGCUUGCUGCAUUUGACUGCAACAGUAAUGCCACUAUCUCUUCUAUAGGCGAUGCCAAAGAGUUACGUGAGAAUUGCAGGAUACUCCGAGGUGACUUAUCUUUUACCGACAACAUUACGGAGACUAUCAACCUAGAUGGCUUGGAAGAGGUUCAUGGAGUACUCUACCACGUAGGUUGUCCUCCGUACGAUAGUUGUCUUGGCGCGACCGAUGAGCUGUUUGACAUAACCAGCUCUACGCUGAGCUUCCUCGGUGACGGUAUAUAUUUUUGGAACUUCCGGAGCCUGGGGAAACUCAAUCUACCGAAUCUAAAGACCGUCAAUUCAUCAAUUUACUUGCAGGAACUACCAAACCUUACCCAUGUGGAUUUUACAAACCUGGAAACACUAACAGGUGUAAAGCUUGAUGUCAGUAAGCUUGAAGAGUGGAAACAAAACGGCUUGAAGAAUUACACGGGCUCAAAACCACCCUAUAUCAGUCUUCCUGAUUUAGGGAAUUUGAAGUCUAUCGACAGCUUAUUCGCGAGUCCAAUUGACCCUUUCCAACACCGACGUUCUUGGCAAGAAAGAGUGGACCUCUUGCUCGGUCUAAAUAAGCUGCGAAAUUUUACUUUUGGUUGGUCAGGAAUAGAUAAGCUGACCGUGCGCGGCGAGGACUUGACUGUUACUUUCGGGGCAUCAUCCUCAGAGAAACUUGAGGCUCAGGAAAUCAUCAUUGGUGACGGUGUCACGAAAGUCGUGCGCGGGCCAAAAAUGGCAAAUUUUACCACUGAAAGCUUUUCGUGUCAAUGUGGUGACCUUUCGUCGUUGGAGGUCCCGGUUGAUCUAGUCCAUGAUGUGUAUAUCAGUGGAGGGAAAUUGGAAUCAGUGCAGCUCCCAGUUGCGGCAGAGAAGUGGAAAGAUGUCAGCCUCUCGCUUUAUACACCUCGAAUUUUGAUGAAUUCGACUAAAGAUCUCGAUGGCAACACCAUUUGGCAUUGGCCCAAGGAAGAGAUGCGUAGCUUGACACUGGCUGCAAACAUUACUACGGACUUUUUGUAA